AGGCUCGCUUUUUGUAAGCAAACCUUGGUCAAUUCGUUGCCGAAAUGGACAGAAGAUGCCUUUUGCUUAUUCCAGUUGUUUUUUUUACGUUUAUUAUGCCUGCGUUGGCCUUAGAUAAGUGUAAAGAGGUAAGCUUUUCGCAUGAAGCUUAGUCGGCCGGUUUUUGGGUUGGGUGAAUAUUGAUGAUCUUUUGUGUUAUUCCUUGAUUUUAGACCUAAAAGUGUCUUUUUAACUAUUUAUCGAAAACUUUAUUGUGUUUUCUUUCUUUUUUAUUCUUCGCUUUCAGGACCAACUUACAUACGAAUUCACUGAAUGUGAUUCGGCAGAGGGCAGAUGGCGCGUAGCAGUUCCAAAAGAUCCGAACUCCUGCGAGGCGGGCGAAGUCCCCGUUCGCCAAAAGGAGUGUAGUAAGUGCAGUUUAAUUACGUUUAAUAGAAGUGUGGGUUGAGAAUUUUUUACGUAAAAUAUGAAUGGAUUUCAGAUAUUCUCAGUAUCGCUAUCAGUUUUAAUAGUACAAGUAUGACUUGCAAUCUAUAAACUGAACAUUAAUUUGUGAAUUUACAUAAAACUUUUUCAGACAUUGUUUGUGUUUAUGCUGGGUUUCAUAGCCGUAUUCUUGCCUAAUCUGGCCGUCUGAAGUUUUCAUCCUUGAUUCCUGGCUCAGUGUUUGUCAUAAACAAAAUUCUUGAACUAUCUUCAACACGAACCGAGCCAUCAAAACCUCGUGUUAUUUUAUGUAUUUACUUAUGCUUCUACAAACUUCAUGUUUCCUUCUGCUUAAUUCAAUGCAAAAUAGGCAUGCGAAAAGACGAUGUCAUGUGAAUGCAACAAAUGGUUUAAACCGUAGACCCAGUUAAAAAUGGUGAUACAAUUGCAUUAGUUUUAUUAGUAGAUCGUUCAACUAAACUUGCCGGGUAGAGAAACAAAAGAUACUUUCGAGAGUCUUUAUCCAAGGAAAUACAAGGGACUCUGAAGAAUUUGUACAUAAAUUAACUUUACUUAUGUCGUGGUUAGUUAAGGUUAUUUUGUACAUCUUUGGGUGCGGUAGAUUACCUACUGUAUAUGCCAUUAUUAUAAAUUCAGUAGAAUCUUUUAUAGCUUCCUCUUUCAAGCCUCAUUAAUUUUGUACCGAGAAUACGCACUGACAUUAGAACUUGCUGAUUGAUGGUGAUGUUAAAGUAAGCUUAAUACAGAAUUAAAUAAUGAAAAAAUAACAUAGUUUUGAUUAAAUACAAUGCAGUUUGUAUUAAUGUGUUGGAGACUUAAAGGGAAAAGUGAGAAAGGGUUUUCAUCCUGUUGUGCUGAUUCCUGGUUAGAAAAUGUACAGUCCCAUCAAAUAGGAACUGGAGUAUAUAUUACUUCAAAUCUUCUACACAAGUUAUUAUUUUAGUUUUAAAGGCAAAAUAUUUGCCUGGAAUAAAAUACCCUUGAACAGGAAAUGCUUAGCAGUGAGGAUGAUAUUACAGAGGAAACUAAAAUAAUUCUUGUAGCUUUUCUAUGCUAGCGUGGGAAUAGUCUUUGAAACAGUGGUGUGAAUUGACACCAACAUCAAACAGUUGUAAUUAUAUGUAAGAGACUGGGUUAUUUAAGCAACAAACCACAUUUUCAGUUGGUUUACUGGUGUAACAACCUAUCUGGAUGUUGCGUGAACAUGAGAAAAGCAUGUGAAUCUUGAGCCAAAGGCAAGUGAUUUACAAGCUUUGAGAGUUUUUCUUUGCAAACUGUGGUGGUUUCGUCUGUUUACAUUCACCAGCUAACACACAAAGCCAAUCAAAAUGAAAAUACAAAUUUACAAAUUAAUGGUGGCAUCAAAGACUAUUCCCAGGAAUCACACCCGAGAAAUUCACCUAUAUGUAACUUCCUCCACAAACUUUUUUCAUACUUCUUUUUAUCUAACUUCUAUCUAACAAGAAACAUCAAUAUUCAGAGAGCAUCAAUUUUUGCAUUCUGGGUGCAAAUGCAAAUGUAUACUGUUUGAAAAGCAGCAUUCACGGACCUUGAAUUAUAUAAAUACAAGUUACAACCCUUCAACUUGCAACCAUUUUAGUCACCAUGGUGCCUAAAAUUUUGUACUGGCAUCUCAAUAAGGAAAAUAUUUGCCAAGCUGGUAAUAAUAUAGUAAUCAGUUGCACUGAAAUAGGAAAAGCAUUAAUUUUGGAUAAAUAGAAGACCAAAAUAUCAAUAUUGUUACUUCCUACUUUUCCUUCCAACAAAAAAACUCUGUAAGCUUCAUGUUUAUCACUUGCCCUUGCACAUAAUUGAAUUAACUUUUUGUCUUUAUUCUCCGUGGAUGUCUUAAUAAAUAGGAAGACAGCAUAAUAUGAAAGUUAUACUCUUAUUAUAUCCAUUUUGAAAUCACUGGUGAUCCAUGCAAUCUGAUUGGUUCUCAACAGUGUAAUUUGUUCAUGAAAUCAAACUAUCUUUUUUUCUAAAUUACCUCUGUUCGAAAUUGCAUCAUUCAUGUUUUAAAUCACACCAUUUUUGCUCUAUAUUGCAUCAUUUCUGUUUCAGGUACAAAAUGAGAUGAAAAAGCCUUUUUGUUUCUGCUUUUCAACAAACUGGCCACGUGAUCAAAUAAAUGUUGGUACCGAAUGAACUCUGCGAUUUCAAAAUGGCUGUGAUAAAGACAGUGUUAAUUGAACUUCAUGUGGUGCAAUUUGGUCUGAAAUAAUACUUGUGAUUUCAAAUAGAACUCAUGUUGCAUGCUCGUCUAAAUUUAAAAUCAUGCAUAUGAUUUCAGACCAAUUAAUUGUGAUCCACUCAGUUCAGUUACCAUUAUAAAUCUUGAAUAUGGAUUUUUCUAAUUUUCUGGGUACCUUGGAGAGAUACUUAGAUAUAGAGUUUGCUGCGUACACCAGUCUUAUUACACCAGUCUUCUCGCAGCUAUUCCUAAAAAUUGAAGACACCAUUUUAGAUUGUAACCAAUCUGCUACAAAUGAAUCAAUAGCACCAUUGCUUACCACCAACAAUGCUUGUGGCAAGCGCAUUUGCGUGUUCCUUGCUGAAAAGUCCUUCUGUGCUCUUCUUGCUGAUGCUCAUUUAAAGGAACAAAAACUGAAUCCGAGCGAUUUUUAUACAAUUCCUGUAAAAGUUACCAUUGAAAACAAGUUUUAAAGAGGUUUUCAAUAUAAGCUUUUACAUAGUAAUAUCAAUCUUACCAAUCAAUGUCUUUGGAAAACAAAGAUAAAAACUUCCCUUCAAUGCGAGGACUGUAACUUUCCCACUGAAACUACAAACUAUAAGUUGUAUGAGUGUCCUGCCGUGAAAAGCUUUUCGGAUGAGAUCUUAAACUGGUGGAACUUCAAACAUCCUGAAAACAUAACCUCCAGGGCUCUGGAAAUUCUUUACAGUUACAAACCUGAAUCAACACACAUUCACGCUUUUAGUCAUUAUCUUCUAAUUACGUGAUGCUACAUCCACCUUGCCAGAAGCAAGUCUGAGACCAGGCUUUUGUACAUUAUGCUAGCAUUUUUUCGAGCAUCUUAGUGAGGCAAAAGUAUUGAGCAUUAUUCGAGCAUUUUAGUGGCAUUUUCCUCAGAAAAUUAAUUUUUCUGAGGAAAUUAAUUUUUCGAGGAAAAUUUAAUUUUCCUCAGAAAAUUAAUUUUUCCGAGAAAAUAAAAUAGAAAUUAACUUUUUUCAGGAGCCCAUGCCCCAUGAGCUCCUGCUUUUUUAAACAAAAUGAAGACUAAAACUCAAAAUACAGCUGGGUUUUUUUUCGCUGUAUUUAUGAACUUGUACACGUUGUCGUUGUUACUUGCAACACUUGCACGUUUUUGUAAGUGUAAACUUUGAAAUUAAUUUUAAACUUUGAAAUUAAUUUUAAAAAAACGUUUGUAUAAUGAGCAUUAUCCGAGCAUUUUAGUGACUUUUUUGGGGAGACCAAGCAUUUUAGUGGGAAAAAUGGAGCAUUAAGGUGGAGAAUUUUAGUAGGGAAGCAAAAGCAUAAUGUACAAAAGCCUAUCUGAGACCCCAAGAUUCAAUGUUCUUGUUGUUCUUCUGGAAACUAAAAUUCAAUGUGUCACUUCAAAUAAAGAACGAAAGACUACACAAAUAAGUGCCCCUCCUUGUGCAUUUCUGAUAUGUGUUGCGACUUCUUGGAUUAAUGACUUCAGAUAUGUUCUGUUUUUGUCAUUAUUGUUGUUGUUGAUGUUGUUUUUGCUUUUUCUGUGUCAUAUGGCUAACUUCAAUCAUGGACAAAAGUCCUUGGGACAGUCAUAGCAUAACUUUAAUUCUAUGCGUUUCACAAGUAAUGUUGUACAAGACAGUGCCGUCAUUUUACAAAUCCAUGUCCCCUGCCCCUUCCCCACCCAAUACAAUGUUGAAAGAUCAAAGGAAUUGUGCCUUGACGGUUUCAACUGUGUCCGUAGGGUGGGGGUAGGGGGUAGGGAUGUGCUGUUUUAGUAGCGCGUGUGUUAAAAAGCUUUACCACUGUCCCAACAUUUUCGUCCAUGAUUGUUGCUUUACUAUUGUAUGUACCUUUCUUGCAUUAUAAUUAUGAUAAACUGUAUGUGUGGACAGGCAAAUUAUGGUACCAAUCAACGACAUAACUCAUUAUAGACCAGCAGUUAGCAGUAAGAACCCUACUAUUAAUAAACACAUAACUACAUGUCUCCUGACACACACACAAAAAAGCUCUGUUAAUAUUAUUGUUUGUAAAUUGUGCUGAAUGUUUGAUUUGGUUUUUGCAGUUUACACAUGUGAGCCAGGUCACUAUGUAGAUGUGGGAAGCAAAACUCUGGAGUGCAAAGUAUGCCCCAAAGGAACUUACAGUGUUGGUGGUGGUGUCCGCUUCAGUAAAUGGGAUCAAUUGCCUACUGGAUUUGAAAGUCGUAUUUCAGAUGAACAUUAUGAAGGAUAUGGUUAUGAUGAUGAAUAUUUCCAUGAGACAAAAAGUGGCAACUGCUCUAAGUGAGUUUGUUUUUUAGGAGGAUGAGGUGAAUUGUGUGUUUACAGGGCCCAGGAUUGCAACUCACUGGUUGCCAAUUCAACUAAAAAUUGAGUGCUUGUGGCGAGUCACCUUAGGUUUUAAUAAGAUAAGCCCUUGACUUGCCUGCAAAUGCAGAUGGUUUUUUAGUUGUCGCUUUUCUCUGCAUGAAUAGUAAUGUCUCCAAUCCCAAGCCACCAAACAAUAAUAUUUCUGUGACGUAAACUGAGUUACUCCUCUUGCCCUCGUGAGCUGGCGUGUCUAGGACUUUGACAAGAUUUUUCAAAUAAUUUUUUAUUGUGAACUUCAAGACUGUAACAAGUUUUCCUGCCAUGUGGAAUAAUGCUGCUUUCUUUGUAGAACAAUGGUUCUUAAGCUAUGGAUAAGAUUUGUGCCUUUGGUUUUGCCAAAUAAAAAAAGUACCUGACACAAGCAAAAUAAGAGAAAAUGAUCUCUACAGUGAUAGGAAAGUAAUACGUGUAUGACAUUGCGCUCAGACUCGCAUUUAUCCAAGUUUAACUAAAGCUAACAAAAAAAGGGUGAAUAGAUAGUACUGACACAUCCUUGGAUGAGUAAAAAGUCUACAACAAUCGCUUGAAUUGCUAUGAAUCUGCUGGGUGCAUAUUUCAUCAAUCUGUUCCACAAUCCUGGCAAAUUAAAUUUUUAACUGCACACCCAGUUGUUUUGACUUGUAAACAUAUCCAAUGCACACAAAUCUUUUGAGAAGUCUGGAAAGUUAGUUCUUGGUUUUUAAGAGCUAAACAGUGAUUGGCUAAUAAUGUCCUACGUCACAGAAUUAAUUUUACAGCUUGGGGUCACAGAUGUUGCUUUUCAGGUGAAGGGAAGCGACAACUGUGAAUACAUUGUACAUCUGAGUUUUCAGGCUAGCCCUCGACUUGCAUCUCUAAUCAUUGGUAUAGUAAUGCUUCUCCAAGUGGUUGAACAAAGUAGUACUAUGUGUCUCCCAGCAACACAAACACUGCAUAAUUAAACUGAUUUUAUCUUAUCUUACAACAAUGUUGAUGCACAUUUGUUGCCUAUGAUAAAAUAAUGCACAUAUGCAGCUCCUAACUUCUGUCCCAACCCAUUACUGAAAUGGCCUAUAUGUUUUAAUAGUGCAUGGCUCAUAACUUUUGAGAGCCAGGGGCCCCUGGCCAAACAUCCUGUUUUGCCUUCCUCCUAAUUUUGAUUGUGUAUAAUUAUUAAAUAUUGGUUAUUUCAGAACUGGGUGGACACCACGUGGAGACAGUAUUGCAUCACCUGGAGAUGAAUGCACCUCAGAGUUGUCAUAUGCUGUCACCGUAAGUGUCACAGGUUUUUUAUAACACCAUUGAUACAGUAUGAGCCCUGUUAAAUAUAGCCUAGCAUGCAGAAAGUCUGGCUGCAUUGUUUCUAUCGCACUAUUAUUGCAGUUUAAAUUGUGAUGAAUUCCAUUAACAGUACAUGUUCAACUGAAGCCAGCAUACCAGCUACAUCUUUUCUGGUUCUAAUGCCUGCAACAGCACUCACUUUCACAUUGUAGCCAUGCAGUUGUUGUUUAAAAUAUUCAGUUCUUAUAUAUUUUGAAAGUAAAAGGGAAAAAGACUGUUAUUUAGAUCUCACUCUCAACUAUUUUAUUUUUUAUUGCGGGCGACAAAAGGAGCUUGUAAUCCUAAUCUCCAGGUUGCUAUAAUUACUCAUGUACAGCAUGCAUGUUAUAGCCAGCUUUGAUUGGACUUCCACUUCAUUGCAUUCCCAUGAAUGGAAUGAAUGGAGCGUAAACAGUGUUGGAACAAAAGUGUUUUGACCUUUGAUCAUAAAUUCUAUGUUUCCAGAAGAAGUUAAAACAACUAGAGAAACAAAGCAAAAAAUCAUACAAUGUAACUAAAAGUAAUUAUUGGAAAGGAAAAAAUGAAGAGGGCUGGUAGUGAUCCAUACACAUACAUAAAACCCGCAUGAAUGACCCCAUGGGGACAAAGUUAACAUUCCCACACUUACCGCUACUCUGUCAAGCUAUGCAGGGCGGGUGCAAGUAGUAAUUUUUUUUUCACCUAUGUGUUUGAUUUUCACUUUCUUUUAGUCAAGCUUAACUAAACUUAAUGACUAAAUUUAGGCUUAGCAUAAAGAAAAUCGAGGAAAACAAAGUAAAAUAGCCAACUGAAAAAAUACUACUUUUUUGCUUUGAGUUCAAUAAGUGUAACUUAGGCCCAAAAGCUGUACAGUCAAACCUUGAUUAACCAGACUUGUUUCCCUGGUACUAUUUUUUAAUGAAUAUUAACAAGAUGUGAUCUUGAAAAAUUGAAACGAGUUAAAAGUACAUUAAUCCUUCCAAACAUGUGUUUAAAACACUGUAUUAAUCUGUUUCGCUAUGAAAAAGCAUGAGCAGCACGAGAUGAACUAUUAUUCUGAUGCAUUCAGCUGAAUUCUGAUUGGCUUAAUUCUUAUGUUGCUAAGGGAAUGUCAUGCUUGAUACUGCGUGGGUUAUGGAAACACAAGACCAACAAAUCGUAAACUUAAAUCACAGUAAUGUCUAUGAAAAUAAAGUGGUCCGUUCUCUCGUUAAAAGAUAAGGAAACGAUUUUUUUAUGUUUGGAGAAAGGAGAAAAAGGAACAAAUUUUGCACUCAGGUUUAAAAUCGGCAAGCAGUAGGUCUCAGAUAUAUGCAAAAACCAAGAGAAGAUCCUGAAAUUCACAGACAAGUUCAAGACGGCCAAAGGAUUCAAUCCAAAGUCCCUGAAGGUUGCCAAUGAUGAGCAGGUGGAUAAAGCUUUGUGUGCCUGUUUUUUCAGCAAAGAUCUACUGGAAUGCCGAUGUCAGGUUACUCGGCUUCUUUAAGAGAAAGCAAAACAUUUCUCAGUGCAGUUAAACGCAGAGUCGGCCAAACGAGAAAGCUUUAAGCAUCAACUGGUUGGUUGAAUGGACACUUGAAACAUUUAAAACUUUUUUAUAUGUCAAUACAAAAUAAUACACAAACAUACCGACUCUACAUAAAUGCAAGUAGGAGCUAAUUCACUUUUAAUUUUUUUUUAUUAUUAUUUAUUCUAUAUGUUUACAUUAUUGUCUGAUUAAUAUUCAUAUUUUUAAUUAUCCGGACUCUUGAUUACUCAAGUGUCAGUGAGUCAGGAUAAUCAAGGUAUGACUGUACAAAGUAUUGAUUUUGUCCUGAAAACAAAAGCAAAGUGACUUUCCAGUUGCUACUAGCUUUACUGUUACUUUUUAUCUAUUUUUCCUUUAUGGCAACCAGAACAAUAUGGCUUGGAUUACCUAAAAUGGCACUUUUUUACUUUGCAUUGUUAAAAUAAUAUUUUUAUUUGUCCUCUAACAGCUUCAAAAGGAUGGUCAUGUGUCAUUUGACUACUACUACACUGAUGAUACGUACACUGUGUUUCGUGUAUUUGUAAGUUCUUCAUUAAUUAAUUACCUUUUACCUUUAUCUCCCAGACUGGUGAAAUGUGCAAUUCUUAGUGUGUCUUUUUAUGCUGAAAUCUUCAGGAGACUCUAAGUGUUUUUAUCAUGUGUAUGGCAAACGGAAUGAUCCAAAAAUUUUAAUUCUUUUGUCAAAGUCAACCCUGUCAUUUAGUCCAAAAUGAAGCACCAAUUUUUUAAAGACACGUUUUAAAGUUGUGUUACUCUGCGGACAUCUGUUUUACCCAAGAGACUAAAAAUGAAACAGUUAAUAAAGGCUGUAUUAUUUUGAGUCUGCUUGCUUCCAUGUCUUGUACUUUAUCGAGAGACUAUUGAAACCAAUACACUGUGCCUAAACUUCAAGGUAAAAUAAUAUAAUAAUAUUAGUUUUUGUUUUUGACCUCACCUGUAGGUAAGAAAUGAACAGUGUAAAGUUUCCAGCCUGAGUAAAGAUGAUACAUUCCCUCCAAGUUCCUCCAACAAUGAAUGGCUGACCACCAAGGUAAAAAGCUUUUUCCAACUCAUUUCAAAUUUUCCAGUUACAUGAAUUCAUUCUAAACAACCCAACACUUACACAGCUGAUGUGAUUUCUGACAGAUUAAUUUGAAAGCUGGAAGAAAUGUUAUCAUUUGGCAAGCAACAGCCAUUACAUAUGAUUACAAAGAUGAAGACAGUAGGAGAGAACCUGUUUACAUCAAGAGUAUUGAAAUACAAGGUUUGUUUGUAUUUCAUCACUAUAUUGACAGUGAGUUUUGAUUGUGGACUUUCCUCACCCGACACCAGGUCCGCCAUAUUGGAGUCUUUUCAUGCACAUUAAGCAGGAUCAGGAAUGAAGAAGAUUUGAAGCUUUUUUCACAACUUACUUUUGAGAAAGCAUCCUUCAACAAUCUUUUGACUCAAACAAGCAUAUUCUCAACCAGCUACUGUGUGCGGCUUAAUGGAAGGAAAGCUUUCUGUAGGACUUUCUAGUCCUAGUUCGAUAUCCUUCAAUGACUUCGCAAUCGUAAGAAAUUUCACUCUUCGAAGCUUUUUAAAGAUUUGCCGCCAAAUUGAACUGAAUUUGUAUAUGAUAAUGUUUGAUUAUAGAACUGUGCUCGACCUGUAGUCAAGGAUAUCAUUCUGAUCACAGUGUAACUGAGCCAUUAAACUAAACGUUACUGAUCAUUUUCUGGCACUCCCUCUAACCCUGAAAGUUUUAAAACAUCCUGCAAAAUAAUGUAGAAGCUGAGGACUCGUACAUGUAGCCUUUAUUGUGACAAAUCAGUGCAAUUGCUAAGUCUUACAAAUUACAACACAAGACAUUUGGAUUGCCUCUUAAACUCUUGACUGACAAGAAACAAGGCAUCUUGUAUAAGCCAUUCGUUGUAUUAUUGUUGAUGUCUUUUUGCCUCUAAAGUUGGAUUUUCACAAAAAUUGAUUUAUAAACUGUUUUAAUUAAACAAUUGAAAACUAACAAAAAUAACUGAGCAACAUUUUUCUUUUUAUUUCAUUCUAUUAUCCCUGUAUAUACAUCAGAGUAUUAUUUCAUUUACCAGGGUGUUGGAGGAGGAGCCUACCCCCCCCCCCCCGAACUUUUUUUUGGACCAGUGCUAGUGAUUUAUUUCACUCACUAGUAUAGCCUAUUGCCUAAUGUCCCAAAAAAGUUAGUGUCAAGCACUGAUAUUACUAAACCUAUGUUUUGAUUAGGUGGCAAAAAUUCCACUGAUAGUGGCUAAAUUGUAGGCUGCCGGCUUAUUUUGACCAGGCUGCCAAUUUAGUCCACCAUGAAGUAAAAAUCAGUUUCUUGUGAUUUGAGAUCGAACAUAACUCGUGUGGUUCAGAGUACACUUUUCAGUUCCAUUUAAAAAGUAAGAGGGCAAUAAUUGUUUUGAUGCGAGUCUUGAUUCUUGAUUCCUUCAAGAAUUGAGUUCCGAGAAUCAAGGAGCAGUCAUCCAGAAUUGUUUCUAAGAGGUAUAGAGUCUCGUGAGGUAGAAAACAAAAAAUUCAUCCUUGAAUGAUUUCUUCAAAAUUUACAUUGACAUAAUUUGUAAAAAAUGGAUCGCAAACAUGACAGUGUGGCGCAAGUUGCUGUUUCCUUAAUUCAAACUUUGUUGCAUCUUUGUUGUAGUCAAAUUAUUGGUCUGCAUUUUUAGCUGUGUGUAUUUGGAGUUAUAAAAUGCAUUUGGCACUCACUUUCCUACUUUCCCUGAUGUUUUCUAAACCUCCUGCAUGCAUCCAUAGCUCACUGUAUGUAAGGUAAGCAUUAAACAGUUCUUAAUUCUUAUCAUUUCUCAGGGGUUUCAUACACAUCAGAGUGUACACCAUGUGAAGCAGGAUUUUACAAUGACCAGGAAGCACAAGGAAGGUACUUAUUAUUCGUUACUAAAAAUGCAAUGGUACUCUACAAGGAAAUAAUUGGUGACAGGAACUGCUGAUUCCAUUUUGUUUUCACGGAAAGAACAUAUUUGUUAUACCCAAAAUUAUGGUCAAUAGAGUACUAAAGUGUGACGUCAUAAAAAUGAAAUUUCUGAAAUUAUGGGAUUUGUCAGGAUAUUCUGAAAGAACAAUAACCAAGAGGCCUACUUGCCAAAAAUGAGCAUUUGGGGGCAAAUUGUCUCUGAGAUCGUAGCCCAGUUAUGCUUACAAAACUCCAUACAAACCCUUCUAAAUUUUUUUUGGGUCGACCCAAAAAAACAUUAGAAGGGUUUGUAUGGAGUUUUCUGAGUUGAGUUUUUUGAGUUCUGAGAUGUUGUUAGUACUUUUUUCUGUUUGCUUAAAGACCAAAAAAUACAUCUUUCUUAUUUGGUUUGUGGUAUGUGGCUAUACUACAGUGUUUCUACGUUAAAUUUUGUUGCAGCUGUAGGUAAAAGACUGUGUACCUGUCUGGACUUAAAAUCACUUUCACACUGAAACACAUGACAAGAACACCUCUUUCUUUUGGAAUUCUAUUUUGUGAAGUGAAUCAAGCUAAAGCCUUUAAUAACGUUGUAUUUCUGUUUAAAAUUUUAGUUGUUGUUAAUAUCAAAAAUGAAACAUUCGUACAUGUAAUCAAAAUGUGACAGUCAGAGUUACACAAAUUCUGCUGUUAAGAAAUGACGUCCUUUAGGCCAUCUAAGCCUUGUCUAACAACAAAAUAAAAUUGCUUUUUAUAAGUUUGCCAGGAAAACCUUUUCCGCACAAAUUUCAAGUCACAACUACACGUAUGUUUGGACUAUAGAUUUUAACUGAAUGUCAGAAUGUAGAAGGAGCUAUAAACAGCUAUCAAAAGUUAAUGGUACCUUCUUUAUUGUACAUGUAAAUAAAUGCAAGAAAGUUAUCCUGAAGAGAUCUACCAGUAUUGUAACUUGUUUGUAAAAAUAAUAGAUGUUGAAAGUUUAAUUUGCUCCAACGUUAUCUUGCAGUUGUAAAAUGUGCCCUGUUAACACAUUCUCCGCUCCUGGGGCUUUAGAGUGCUCAAAGUGUAACGAGGUGACAGAAUAUGCAGGUAAAAGUUAAUAACAUGAAUACAUGUAGAUAGAAAAUUUUAAGCUUAGCAAGACCAGCAAAACAUGAUUUCACAGUCAUACAAUAAUUUCACAAUUAUCAGGAAAUCAUACAAUAGUGACACAUUGUCUUGUAUAAAAAUGCUGAAUGAUACGUAUAUGAGCACAAUUUGGUUUUUUCCUGGUUUGUGAAUUUUUUCCCCACUGGUUUUAACUUGUUUAUGAAAAAUUGCUUAUCAGUUUCUUUUUUCCUCAGGCCGUGGGGCAAAGAACUGUUCUCAGAGAAAGCCAUGUACGCAGCAGGAUUACUAUGAUAUUCGAACAGCUUGUGACGAUCAGGGCAAGGUAUGAUCUUCUGGCCAUCUGUCUAACAUUAUUUAAUAUUACUAAGUGAAUUUGUUGUUGUUAGGUUAGAUAUGGACUUGAAUGAUGGCCAAGAUUUAAUAAUAAUGACAAUAAUGAUAAUUAUUAGAUUAUUAUUAUGUGAGUUGCAAUUGGUGCAUUAGAAAACAGGUUAUUUGCCUUGAGCAGCAAAGCCCAUACCCUUAAGCACACAAUAGUAGGCUCGAUGGAGAGCAUUAUAGCAGAAGAAUUUGGAGUGGGCACCUUAGUCAUACACAUGUUAUGCUUCUGCAAGCAAAGUUUUUUUAUAACUUGCAUAUAAGUUUAGAAAUGCAAGUGCAAUAAUAUUUUCAAAACAGUUUAUACCAAGGCUGCUGCCUAAUGGGCGCCCGGGUACCAGAGGUGCCUAAAAUUUACCCUCAAAAAUUACACGAAAAUUCAAAGGCCUUGAUUCCAGAGAAAUUACAUCAUUGCCAGAGAUCAAAGUCAUGCCCCUGGUAAAUGCAUCAUUUCAUCAAUUCUGUCCAAGUUUUGAUGGUAUGCAUUCCAUCGUCAACACAAGCUGCCAAGUUUUCCUUGAGCAAAGAAUAUUUCCUCUGAUCUUUAUUGCAACGAUUCGACAAAUCUUUUCUCUCUUGCCACUUCUGCUAAUGCAUAUCUGAUGUCAAUCCUUUCCAUCGUGAAUACUGUUUGAACACACCAAGGUUUCUUUGAGAUUACGGCCACAUAGUCCCAUUAAACUAUAUCGAAGUGACCUCUGAGACCUGAACUUUGAUUAUUCCAUUUAGUGGUUUCAGGAGCUGGUGAUGUAAUAUAUGACCUUCAUGAUGUUGUCCAUGUAUUAUUGACUGACAGUUUUCUCGCCCAGCACAGUUACUUUUUCCUGUGGGAGCCUCUCAACCAAUUGGAAAUAUCCGCACUCACAGAAUGCGAGUUGAAACGAUUUUCAUGGACCUUCCGGGCAGGUGUUUCCUCUCCCUUCACCUGUCUUUCUUGGGCCCACAACUUCCAAGUGCCUGCUACGUAGGCAAAAGUAGCUUCUUCUGAAAAACAUACCCAAUUCAAGACUAGAGUGCACAAACCAUACCCUAUUUCAGGCCAAAAUGGUUGAAAUUGAUACCCUAUUUCAGACCAAAACUGCUAAAAAACCAUACCCUUUGGCACCGUCCCCCAGGCGAAAACGCAUUGCAGAUUAUGGGUCUUGCUGCUUACACAAGCGAGACUAAUUAGCCAAAAACCAGUCCAAAACAGAGGAAUUGGUGAAAAAUGUUUUUUUUUUGCUGCUUGCCGGCCGACACCAAAGGGUUAACAAAGUUACUGACGUUUUUUUCAUUGGGCUCCUAGAAAUGCAGCUCGGGCUCCCGAAAAAAUUUUCUUAGGCAGCAGCCUUGUAUACUGGCAUUUUUUCUUUUCAAGACAAACAUAAUGCUGUUUCUGUCAUUUCAAAAAUGUGACUGUGUCUGUAUUAUGAAGUAACUAGCCUGAAUUACCUAUUCUUAGUAUUAGUAUUAUUACAUAAUGUAAUUUCUUUAAUUUACAAUAAUAUAUUUUUCUUGAGCAUUUAUUUUUGCGUAAGAUUAAUUCUUUAUCCAAGAGCCACAAGCCAGAUGUACAGUGCUGUUCACGUCACCCUCUUUAAUAAAGUUUGAUUGAGUGACUUCAUUGAGUGUUAAUCAUACCUAUCUUGGUUUGUUAUUUAAAAACCUGCUUUGCUUACAAACCUGCUCGUAAUGUAAAUUUUAAAGGACAAACAGGAAGGAACGAAUAUCAAAUCAUUCCAACAAAUGCCUAAGCUUUUAAUGUUAGCUUUGGGCCUGGUACCUGUUCCCAUUACUUGUUUAUAACUUGUAAACAAAAACUCGUCUUCAUUCACACAUUUUCUGUUUCCUAUGGUGUUUUAGACUGAAGUGAAAUACAUGUGGGUAGAACCAAAGAUCUGCCGUGAAGAUGUUGAUGGUGCUAUAAAACUUCCAGCAUCAGGAGAAAAACAAGACUGCCCUCCUUGUAACCCUGGGAUGCAUCAAAAUAGUACAGGAAACAAUCAGUGUGUGUACUGUCCUGCCAAUCAUUUCAGUGAUGGCAAAGUUGGUAAGUGUGACACAAGUGACAUUUUCUGAGGAGGUUAAAAAAUCAUGGUUAUUUAGGUGUCAUUGAAAAAACGUAGAAAGAGAUACAAUGUAAUAUUGUCCUUUGAUACUGUAAAUUAAAGUCCUAAACACCCACAAAUUUCCCAUUAAUUCACAAAGUAUCCCUGGAUAUAUGGUAUGCUUUAGUUAGUUGGUUAUGUGAACGCUGUAGUACAUACAGUCAAUUUUUUACACAGUUUUAUAUAAAUUUACGCAGAAUUUGUUCACAUGCAAAUGUAUAUAUUAAUUGAAUAUUAUAGUCAUUUGUUAAUUGCUUGAAGGAGUUGACUGUGUGACUGAUAAAUUAAAACUUGAUGAAAGCUACAUUUUGUUGAAAUUUUAAAAGUCAGGCUUCAAAAUUUUCAAAACCAUGUCCCUUUGUUAAUUUUGUUGGUUACUCUAAUCUACAUCAAUUUUUUUGAAAUCCCUGUUUUUGGUUAAUCAUAGAUUGUAAAGAGUGUGCAGUGUCUACUGAAGCUGUUUAUGGUUAUCACAUGAGAUGGUGGCAUACCAUUCCAGAGCCACUAAAAGCAUCUUGCUUCUCUAUGUCAGGUAAGUGAGUGAGAAAUCCACUUUCUUGUUUUAUGGCAUCAAUAUCAAUGAGAUUAUGCACUGGUUAUUAUUUCUGAAUCAAAUUCAGCAGUUACUGGCACUUUACAAACCAGUCAGGGCUCUACGUUGCGACCUGUGGGGUCGCCAAUGCGACCAGCUUUUACUCAGUGGCUUUUAAAUUUUCACGCCUUGUUGCCAACCUGGCCACCAAGAUAGGAGACUUUCUUCUUUGGGAAAACGUACACUAAUGAUAAUUUAUUAUCCUUUACAAAACUAACGGAUAGCUAACGGUGUUUCUAACGCUCUAGCGUUUUGCCCAAAAGCUCUAAUGCUUUGUCUAAAUGUUUUAACAAUUUGUCUAAAUGCUUUAACGAUUUCUUCCAACACUCUAACGGAUUGUUCUUAUGCUGUUUGUCUAACAGACUUCUCGCGAAAUCAACUUCUUUGCCCGAAAACAUUAGCGACGUUUCCUCUUUCUGGAGACUUUCGAUCACUUUUGCAGAUUUUGUUCUUUAAUAACUGAAAUAAGUUUUUUUGUGAUUCCUAAAGUUUGUUAUCUAAAUGUGUAUUUCAUUGCUUGAAUACCUGUUUGAGGAUAUGUACGCUUGAGUGCGCGUUCAUUUUCCCAAACACCGGCUGGUAAUCGAGCCUUGAGCAAAAACCGUUUGAAAGGAAGUUCAAAGGAAGUCUAAAGCAUUCUUUCUCUGUUAAGGCUAAGUAAAAGAUGUUAAGUUUAUUGUAUUCUAUUAGUUCUUAAAUAUAAUUUUUGGUGACUAUAAUACUUGUUCUGGCAACCAAAAAUUAAAACUUGGGGGCCAGCCAGCCCCAACAUUGUUUUCUGAAAGUCGAGAACUGAACCACUUACUGAUGAACUCAAGCAAAACUGGCAACAGUGGAACACGAUUUGACUAAUAAAAAAAUGGCCACCAUUACUGUGACAAAAGAGUGAAUCGGAACGCACUAUGAUCACUUUUGAAGACUUCUUAGCUGAUAACAUCACUGCUUAACUGACAGACAACCUAUAACAAUGCAACUUAACUGACCAAUCAGGUCAAAAACCAGAAUUGAAAACUAGCAACUGACGAAAUACAACUUACUUGACUAUGAAGAUGACUACCGUACGGGUUGUUGAUAGUUACUGUCAACUACAGUCCUUUUCAGGACUAGUAUCUGCAGUCACUCAGAGGGUGACUCACCUACUUAUGUUAUUUUUUCUGUUGCUAUGAUCAUGGGCUUAAGGACACAUAAAUUUUGACUAAAUAAAGGUUAAAUUUUUGUGCAAUAAAGUUAAGUUACUCACGUUGAAGUAGUCUUUUGUCAUUUCUGGUCAAUUGUACCAUUAUAUUUCUUGUAGAAAGCCUGGAAACAUGCUUGUUUUGAUUUAUAAGUCCAUCAGCAUUUGUAAAGUCUUGGUAACCGAGCAUUCUCUUUGAAUUCUUUGGCAUGGGCACUAAGUACAUGAUGUACUUCUCCUAAAAACAUCCUGGGCAGGAACCAAACUUGAUCAAUUUAACCUUUAUUUAGUUGAAAUCCAUGUUUGCUAUAGCCCAUGCUAUGAUCCUGAAAAAAGAAAUUGGUUUGAGGAGCAAGUAUUCUGUGGUUUUCAAAACCAAGAGCUUUGAGAAAUCAAGUUUGGACUGUACUGGUGUUAAGCUGCAUUCACUUGUCAAAGCCUACAAACAACCCAAAUUUAUUUAGCACUUAAAUUAUGGGUAAUGUUUUAAUUAAGCAUAUGAAUGACUUAUGGCAUCAAUGUUUUUCUGAGGUUAUUAAAAAAUGUUCUGAAUGGUGAUGGGAUUAUGAUCAAAACGUUACAUAUCCAUUUGGAUGUAAAACAUUAUUAUACUUUGGUAUAAUACAAUUUUAUAAUAAUUUGGAUGAUAACAAAAUGCUUUCCCCUUUGUAAGACUAUCAUGCAUUCUUUGUGAUUCAUUAUCUCUUUUAUUUGUCUUUAGACCGUGGAUGUACAUCAAAGCAGGGUUGGCAGCCACGUAAAAACUUUCUUGACAGUGGUAUCAACCAGGCAGAUGAUGUGUACAUGUCAUUGCGUCUUUCUGUGAAGGGAUUUGGCGGCUCUGAGGGCUUAAAUGACCCCCACCAAGGCCAGCAUGGACUUGUUACCUUUGACUUUGAGAUGAUCUGUAAUGGGGAUUGUACCUUUAAAUUCAAAGAAGUAAAUUUUGUUAAUAUUCUUUUGUUAAUUGUGAUAGCCACAUAAUUUAUGCCGCAUUCAUAAUGCUGUCUUUGUUAUGUUGACCUAUCAUGCUACUUAUCAUGUUACUUUUCAACAGUCUUUGAAAGUGCAGUAACAUUUAAAAUUGACAAUUGUGUGUUAUGGGCUGCACAAAUUUUAAUUUUCAAUGCUUAAAAACAUUUGAGGGAAAAAAUUACAAGAGAACAGCACUUUUAACUUGUCAUGUACCGAUAUUUUGUACUUCAAAUUGUUGUGGUAUUUCCCGGCAUGCAAAUAUUGAUGUUCUCUUUUUCUUAAGUCUGAGACCAUGUCAUAUCUUGCUUUAUAAAAAACUAAGAUAGUAUGUGUGCUCUGAUUGGCUGAGAGAAGUGUUUGCAUGAGAGUAUGUAAACAUGGUUGUGACGUCAAGAUGUUUUGCUUUUCGCGUGCUAAUCAGGCAACCACGAAUUUGAAAAAGUUUUUGAGUUGAAAACUCGACAAGUUACUUUAUUUACCCAUUCCUUUGUCAGCUGAAUCUUGGAAAAACUUUACAAACAAACUGUGUAAUUUUUUUCUGUUGCUUAAGCUGACAUUUUAAGCGAGAAAAUUCUGUAUUUUGGAAAGCAUCUUUUUGCAAAACAAAAACCGAUUAUGCGUGCAAGACUUUUUGUGCAAUACUUUGCGACUGGUAAGAAUUUUUGUUUUAAUCAGUGCCAUAAUAAAGAGUUUUGCAUUUUUUCUCAGGAAAUUUAUUUUAUAAAAGCAAUAGAAGACUUUUUCCCUGUGUUUGCAUAGCCUGAUAUAAACACUCGAGGAGGUCUCGGCUUUGCAUAACUGUCACGAAUUCUCCCAACCCCUGUUGUGUUUAUAUCAGGCUAUGCAAAUGCGGAAAACAUUUUCUAUAUCAAAAUGCAUGUUGAGUGCCCUAGAUUUGUUCUAGUUGAGGCAUACUGAAAGGCAGUAGAUUUUCAGCUACUACCCUAUACACAGGUAAAGUAGGAAACUUGAUAUGAUCUCAUAAACUCUACACAUGCUCAUUAAUUUUGCUUUGCAUUUAUUUGAAGAAGCCACUUUAUAAAGGAACAUCAGAGAUUCAGACAUGGACAGGAACUAAUGGUAGACAAAAAUACAGGUGAUACAUUGAUAGAUGUCUGCAUGAACCAAUUUUCAACUUACUCUGGAUUUAGAGAUAGCUGAUUUUUAAGAUACAUACAUUUAUCACUUAACUUUCUUCAAAGUUGUCAAGUCUUUACUCUUAGUAGCAAUCACUCACAUUUCCCUCUAACCUACAAACUUAGUAAUUAAGGAGAGAUUCCAGGUAUUGGUAAAAGUUUAAGUGUAAAUUAACUGUGUUUUUUACAUGCCAGUAAAAGUGAAAGGAAUAAAAGAUGUUUGAGGUACCAAUAGGAAGGAAUUUGUAGGAGAAUGUUGCAGCAGUAAAACUUAUAGAAUGAUGAAAGUGAGAGAGGACCACAUCUUGUGCUUGUUAGAAGUCAAAGUACGCACAAUCCAGAGUCUGAUUUUGUGCUUCUGAUACAGCAGGAGUAUCAGGCAGUGGAUUAUCACGUUUUACUGUAGAAUAAAUUUUAAACAACCGAUAAACUUACUACAUUACUUUUCUCUCACAGUUACAUCAUUUCAUCACAAAGGAGCACAGAAUUUUUAUGGACAUUCCAGAAGCACAGUUCCUACUCUUUUGAUGACAGUGAAUCAAGUACAUACACCAAUGACCGGUAUGAACUCCACAGUUAUUUUUUACUGUUUUCAAACCAUUAUUACUGUGGGGAUUUCUAUGUGUUGGUGCAUGAAUGCAGCUAGUACAAUAGCUUAUUACAUGUUGGUGGUGCUAGCAGAAGCAGUGGCAGCAGAGGCAGUGGUGGUCAGUAGAGGUAGUGGUGGUGGUGGUGGUGGUAGUAGUAAUGGCAGUAGUUGUGUUGGUAGUGGUGGUGGUAUUUGUAGUGGCACUAGCUGCAGCAGCAGCAGGAGCAAAUAUGAAUGAGACAUUUCCUCUGAAUUUUUAAUACAGCACAUGGAGGAAAAUAAUAGUGAGAGUGAUAUGAUGACAAAAUGUUUAUCAUCUCGGUUAAUAACCCUCUUCAUUUUGGUUUGUUUGUUUUGUUUCAGAGUUAAGAUCUUCUCCAUUACUGUUAAUAAUACCGUUGAAGGGGGUGCGGACCACUGCCGUGAGUGCCCAGUUUCAUCAAAAGAAAAAGGGUAUGUACAGAAAGCUCUGAAAAGUUAGACAUGAUGAGUAAGUUCAUCAGCAAGUCUGAAUGUUGAACAAAGAUGUUAUCAGUUUCAACAUUUUUGACAUUCACGUCGUUUGCAUGUAUCUAACAGUACAACUAAGUAAGUGAAAAAGUUGGAAAAGGGUACAAGUGUUAUAGAACCGCUGCCCUGUUAGCUCAGUUGGAUAAGCUCUGGUCUGCCGAGCGGGAGGCUGCUGGUUCAAGUCCCGGCUGGACCAACACUCAGGGUAUUUAAAUAACUGAGAAGAAAGUGCUGCCUUUGUAAAGACAUCUGUAAACGGUUAGACUUUCUAGUCUUCUCAGAUAAGGAAGAUAAACUGUAGGCCCCAUCGCACAACCCUUUCAUAUAUAAAUUCUGUGGGUCGUUAAGGAACCCACACACUGUUCGUAAAAAGUAGGGGACGUAGUCCCCGGUGUGGUGGUCUAUCUCUCAUGGGAGGAGGGACUGUUACAGGCCAGCAGUAAUGGCGUCAUGCUGUUGUGGUGACCCUGCCACUAAUUGGCGAAUCUAGUAAAAUAAAAUAUUUAUUUGCUUUCUUAUUUUUUUUCCACUGGUCUCAUACAUUGCAUGAAUUUAAGAUUUGAGAAUAACUUCCUAUAGCAAGUCAAGUUACUGUUUCAGGGUCAUCUUUCUUUUCACUUUGCAGUUGCAUCAGUUGUCCUGAGGGAAAUUAUGUUGACACGGAGAAGCAUGCUUGUGUACCUUGCCCCAGAGGUAACCCCUUUUCAAAACAAAUCAGGUUACGAACUUAGGCCUCUUAUGACAUUUUCCAGCUACCAGCUGGCAAAAAUAGUUUAAACUAUCCAGCUGAUAAUUCUUCAAAGUUUUCAAAUCAAGCCAGUGUUUUUAGUGCAAAUGUAGUAAUAUAGUGCUUCUAAGCACUCAGCAGUCCAUUAUUGUGAGAUAAUGAAAAACUGGUUUAAAUAAAAGAGAGAAUAUUGAAAGAUGUUUGGCAUGGAAAAUGUCAUUAAUAUUAAAACUGAAGAAAUUUACUAAAAAUGUUUUGGUCUCAAAACCUUCAUCAGUCACAAACUUCUCACAUCUCUCACUAGUUUCACUCCUCGGGCUUCCUCAUUGUACAAAACAAUUUUCCAAUCAAAACUGGGUUUUGAAAUUUUUGCAUACUGAGGAAGCCCAAAGGGCAAAACGUUAGUACAUAAUAAACUAGUGAGACAUGGAAGUUUAGAAUAGUCCUUUUCUUCAUUCAACAAAUCUACACAUUUUUGCAAGCUUCUAACGUGUUCAAUUUUUCAGCAUCUAACACUUUUUAACUUUGUGUUCAGGUACUUACUUGAAUACUAGCAAUCCUUAUGGUCGGGACUCCUGCAUUAAAUGUGGUCCAGGAUUAAAAAGGUAGACAAGCUUUAUCAAAGUUUUCACGAGUAUGGAGGACAUUUUGUAGUUUGAGUAUCAGCGAAGUUCAUGCUUACUUUUCUCUCCUUCCAAAGUGGUGUUUGUGUUUCCUAAUUUGGCUGUCAUGUGUGCCCAUAAAAGUCAAGAUUGCAUAGGAGUAUCUGUCCUAUCCUUUCAGUACUUAGUAGAGCUGUUGACAAUUACACACGUCAGAAAGACAGCUAGUGCAAGACAGGGAACCAGAGACAUCAGGGACUUGCUUUAACUAACAAAAGGAGAUAUUGAAAUGCUUCCUAGACCCCCUAUUGCCUAAUCUGAAAUACUUGUGGUAUGUGCCUUAAUUAUCUACACACAGUUCUUCAGUUCAUAGUGUCAAGCCACUGAAAGGAUAACGCACAUAUGCAAUGAAAAUACAUCUAGCAGUGAUGCUGCUAGAGAUGUAACCUGUAACAAGUGUAACACCUGUUAUAGCUGAGGGUAAUGAACAUGAAUAGCUGUUGUAGCAAAUAUUAUAAGCACUUUUUGUGUGUUGUAACAGCUGAAAAAUUACACACAACAGCUGCUUCAAGAUCUUACUGUCAACCUUGGUGUUAGUUGCACCAUCUCAUUCAGGCUUUGGAGAACAACUGAGCAUAUUUUACGAGUCUGUGGCAAAACAGGCGCAAAAGAAUUAACUAUAGUAAUAUAUUUGAGGGGAAAUUUAUAUCAAAUAACCUUAUUGUUACUAUUUGAAUUUCUCGAUUUUCAUUUUUCAUGCUGUGUUUUUUUUCUUAAUUAUGUUUCAGUGAAGAGGGAUCAACAAUGUGCCAUUCUGAUUGUAUUUUCUUUUCCAAUAAGCAUGGACGAUUUUUCAACUUCUCUGGUCUUAAUGGGUAAGGAAUUCCUUAGGAACAAGUGCUGUUGUUUAACUAAUUUUAAUUAGUUAGUUAAUUAGUUAGUUUUUUAGUUUAAAAAACCUGGUUAUUCAGGGUGGAUGAAAGACUGUCUUGAGAAAGUAAAGUCUGCGCUAAGUUUGCACUGAACAGCAUGUCAGGUUAGAGUUCCUUUGGUGAAGGUGUUAAUUUUUAGUAGCCCUACAUCACAUCGUAGGAUUAAUUCUAGAAUUGACUUUGCAAGAUUUCCGUGGUUUGAAAAAUUAUGUGGCACGAAAUUUGUGUAAGGGCCUGUUUACAUGGAGGUGGGGGACCCCAGGUAGGUGAGGUAAAAUAUGGCGGGUCUCCCCACCUAUCAUGUAAACGUGAUCAAAUCAAAAUGAGAGAUUAUAUGGGUUACCCCACCUAAGCGGGUUACCUCACCUACCUGGGGUCCCAAACUCCAUGAACACAGGCCUUAAGUGUAGCCAAUGGCACACUUAAAUGAAAUGAAAUAAUAUAGAGAAUUCAAUUUUCAAUUGCGUUAUAUUUGGCCAGGUACGUGGACUUGGUGAGAAAUCAGAGAUGACGUCUGAUAACGUUGUGAAAGAAUGAUUGUUAAAAUUUCGGCAACUCAAAUGAGAAUUUUGAACGGCAUAUGUACUGGCAUCAGUUGCUUUUGUCAAAUUAUAAUAGCAUAAUUACAUACAGUUACCCAACAAAUUAAAAUUUUUGCAUGUGCAUGAAAUGUAUAUGGCGCGGAGGACGCGCGGGAAGGCUCUCUUGAAAAAUGGGUCAUAGGGCCCUCGAUGAGCCCAUUUCAUAAUGACUCGAAGAGGCUUUUUGAAAACAUAUUUAAAUAGACGUUAUCUUCUAAGAUGACCUUCACUGAAAAAUGCAAAGAGUUGAGUAAGCAUAUUUUAGAAAUGUAAUUAUUAUUGUUUGCACUUUUCACUGAUUGAUGUGCUAUCACUUAUCAGAGCUCACAGCAUUGCCAGCAGCCCGUCUUUCACCAGUCGUGGUUUUCGAUAUUACCACCUCUUCAACAUGAGUCUGUGUGGUCAUCCUUAUCAAAUGGCACGCUGUCACAGCAACAUCAGCCUUUCCUCUGGAAAAGAGGUGAGUAAAGGUUUUUUUUAUGCCUGUCUUCAUUCGGGCAUCUCAGUAAUACGUACACCUCGUUGUUGUGAACAGUUCUUGGUUCCAAAGUUAUUAAGCUUCAUACAAUCCUUACCUCUUUUAGCUAUACCUGCAACAGGUAUUGGUAACGAAAAUGCUCCUUUACCGUGGUAGGGUAGGUAAAGGCGCACACAAGACAAAGGAACAAACGGCCAGAGUUUAUCCCGGUUUCAUUAGCAUGAAGCAUCUAGGAGUAUUGCUACUCCCCCCUGGAAGGGAUGCUAGUCCAUCGCAGGGUUACCCCCAGCGGUAUGUCGCCGGUACCCAUUUAUACACCAGGGUGAGGAGAGACAAAGUGGGGUAAAGUUCCUUGUCUAAGGAAACAACGUGAUGGGCGAGGCUUGAACCUCGGACCUCCAGAUCCGGAGUUUAAGGUGUUAACCACUCGGCCACACAGGCCUCCACAUCCUUUACCAUGACCAAUCUCAAAAGUGCUAACUGUAUGUAAUAGUGCUUUUUCCUUUGUUAAUGUUUUACCCUAGCUUAAAUCCCAGUCUGAACAACUUCCCACGUUGGGUCUUUAGACACUAGUCUUUGUGCUCCAAGAGCAAUCAGUUAUACUUUAUCUCUCUGUCCUUAAUUUCAUUAAGACGUUCAACACAAUGUUGAAUUCACAGUCUUGCCAUUGUAGAAUUCCUAAUAACAUAUCCUCAAAACUUGUUCAUGUGUAGCUAGAGAAUUCGUUCAUUCAUUGAAACACUUGUCUUUAGUUCUUUUAUCGACUUCACCUCUAAUUUUCCCAAUUUACUGUCCAUGCAUCUCCCACCCAUUUUCUCUCUGAUUCUGUUCGUGGCAGGCAGUGUUCUCGCGGAUUUUAAAAAGUACGAUGUUGUGCCCCAAAACUCUUUUUCUAGAAUUUUUUGUUUAUGAUUAAGUUUCGUUUACAGCAGUCAAGACAGUCAAUAUUUGUUCAAAACUGUGUAGCAGACUUUCCUUGUCUAAUCUAUGUAAACUGCUGUGGUUAUAUGUUUCUUUUAGGAGUACUUCAAUCUAACCUCUCCUGCUUGCCGCAUGACUGUUGUCCCUGAUCCUCAUGUCAUCACUACUCAGACAAUGAGGUUAGUCUAAUGUGUUGAAUAUGUCUCAGUCAUCUUUACAGUCAAGUAAAAAGUGACUGACCUAGUUUGACCAACAAGUGGGGAGAAACCAAUACAGUGAACCAUGAGAUUAAGUCAACAACUAACCGGGUUCAGUAAUCAGAUAGUCGUGGUUGCAUUCCAAAGAAAAAAAAUCGGGUUGACAUUAUUUACUCGAUCAGAUGUACCGGCACGCAGUUUGCACUUGGUGUUGGAAUUGACCAAAGUAUAAAAUUUCGUUCGAAGCUUGUACGUGAAGAUGUUGAACGAAGGGAUAAUUAAACACUUCAUAACUCAUUAGCUAUAAACUACACCAACAGGAGUAAAAUGCUUUUCUGUUAAUAUUAUAUUUAUAUGAAAAUGACAUGUACUUUCAGCCUUGCUGAGCAUUUUCUUGGUAUAUAUGAAGAUGUUCGUGAUAACAUAACCGAUGAGACAUCUGUAUUUGGUGAGGAUGGAGGUAAGUGGUGUGAAAAUCCCUAAAAAUAUGGUUGAUAAUCGAGGGAUAAGAUUUUUUGUACAAUAAGCAUUCAAAAAUAUAGACUACUUUUAUACCUUUACACAAUAGUCAUCAAGUCAUUAGCUUAGCUUUUAAGGUAACUUGGUCAUCAAAAACGGAUUCAAAUGCCCAUCAUUACAGCAAAAACGAUAACAGCGACGUGAGAGCCUUCAGGGUAAACCCAAACCACGAAAUGCGCAUGUCUGGCGGGAAAAACAUCUGCCGCUGCCGUUGCGUCGCAACGAGAGAAUUCGUAUUUUGUCAUUAUUGUUACGAAACGUGAGUGCUAAACUGUAGUUUUCCUUUGUUGUUUUUGCAAAAUUCUUGUACUUUUGGUUUCGAACAACUUGGAUCGGAAAACUUUUUUGGCCUGAAAAUGUAGAGAUUUACACAUGUUUAGUUGUGUGAAUGAAGACUGAAGCGUUGCCGGUUAAGCUAUUUUGUCUGAAAAGUGAAGCUGCCCCGAGAGCUCUUUCUUGUUCACAAAAAAUCAUCUUCCGAUCUAUUGUCUCUUUUGAAGUUUCAAAUCAGAAUUCAGACUUAAGUUUGUUUAUGUAAUAUCAUUAGAAAAAUUCUUCGCUGUCCACUGCUCGCUCGCAAUGGCGUAUAGUUGCAGGUAAAACUUGUUUAUUGCCAAAUUCGUUGUAUCGCACUGGGCGUUUUGCAAACUUCGAGGAGAUUUUGGGCUUUUCUGUUCUGUCAAUCUUUUGAGUGGGAGCUGUGUGAAUGCAAAACACAAUGCAAUGCGCUCGCGUAACUUGGCCCGCAAAAAUAAAACUGAGAAUGACUCUAGACUGCUCAAGAAUAACGAAGGAAAUCGCGAUGGUGAGUGGAAUUUUUAUCGAGGGAAGAAGCCAGACAUUGCUUUAUUUUCCCAGUGGGGUCGACAUUCUCAAGAAAGAUCGUAAGAAAACUGAAUCUUUGAACAUAACUAGCCGAUUAUUACCCGAAACAGGACGAUCACCGGCAACAAACCUUGAAACACGGAAACAAACAAAACCGAUCAAAAUCCACAAAUCACAAACCGUGACCUUUUGAACUCGUUCAAGUAAACGUAUGUUGCCUAAUAGAUCCGCUAAGAUGAUUGAUUGAACAGAAAAACCCAAAAUCCUUUCGAAGUUUGCAAAACGCGCAGCCCGGUACAACGAAUUUGGCUGGAAUCUUUAACUCAUCAACUUGAAUAAAUUCUUUUUGCCUCUAGGUCCAGUAACUAAUACAUCUACAGUUUUCCUGUUCAAGUUACAUAGCAGCAGGUAAGAAAAACACACACACUUUUAAUCCACAACUUGUGUUUAUCAUACGCACCAAACUUUCUAGUGGUGUACUGGCGGAGUGAAUCCCCACAGGAUGUCGCUGCCUGUGACACCCAACGUUUUCAAGUGUUUACCCUUACUCCCAAAAGUAACUUGAGUAACUUUUAAACCCAGAAAAAUAUCGGUCAAUUGCUAGUCUUCAAGUGAAACACAGUGUUUUUAAUGUUGCUAGAAAACAGUAUUCUCCAUAGAUGAGGGUUUUUUGGUUUUUUCAAAAUUAAAAACCUUUUCAAUACGUUAGUCGAUAAAAUAAGUUUUUGGCUUUUCACCAGCCGCAAUGCGCGUGGUAUCUUAGUUAUUUUGUUACAAAUAUACUUAGUGCUGACUUUCAUUUCUAACUAAGGCCUUGUCCAGCGAGUAUCCGGAAAUGUUUUUUCUCCGUUUUCAAAAAAAAUAUGCGUCUUGAAUCGUAUGGAAAUACGAUAGCGUCCCUUACAGAGGAUGCGUAAUUUUAGUAGUAUAUAAUGUAUGACAUCAUCGUAUUCCAAAACUUCCGGUGCCCGAAAACGCCGUGUACACGGAAGGUAAAAAAGGACAAAAAAUCUCCUUUUUUUUAAAUUGUCUGGAGACGUGUGGAAAGGGUGAGAACCUCGACACCACGACCAAAAGUUAGACUCCAAUAUAUUAAUUGAUGUCAAACAUUACUCUAAUUAAUUGAUCAAGCCUUAAUAGAAGCCGGGGGCUUAUGAACUGUAGGGUUCCUAAGAAUAUAGAAUACACAAUGUAAAUUUCGGUUGGUGAAUGGAAAGGAGAGUAUUAUAUUAAGAAAAGAAAAAGUAUUUAGCUCAUCAAAACGUCUAAGAAAGAAGGAAUUUUUUAAAAAUCUUUUGGCAAAUUAACUAGUUUCUCAAUUUUGAAUUUCCUGACUUGGCGAGUUGAAAAACGUAGGACCUUGAAAUUGAAGCGAGUAUUUCGAAUACUAGUUCGACAAGCAUUAGUUAAUACGUUUGCAAUUUCUUGUAUUAGGCGAAUGUAUCUUGCUUGCGAAAUUAAACAUGUCACGAAAAUAAUUAGGGAGUAAACCUAACGUAUAUUUAUCUAUUUUGUAUAAAUAAAUGUCACAGCAAUUUAAAAUGUGGGUGUUCGAACGGACGGACGUGCGUACCAUGUACGCUACGUCAUAACCAAAUUUUCUUGCGUCCAUAGGUUUCCAAUAGGCCUUUUGCAAUAGUUAGUCACGUCAUCAACUUCUGUAAACACCAAAAUAGCUCGCUUUUGGAAAGGUUUGUUAGCAGUAAUUCAAUUCUGGUAACCUGUAAAUUUUCAGCCGUAUAUCUCAAAAGUAGUGGUUGCAAUGGCUGCUGAAAAUUAGAAGGAUUUAUAUGAGCUAAACAACUCUUGCCACCCAGUCACGCUUGAGUGGCUUUCCAUACGGGCGUCGAUAAAACCCGGAACAUGGAACAUUCCGGAACAUGCCGGAACAUCCCGGAACAUCCCCGAACAUGAAAAAAUAAAAGUAAUUUUCGUGAAAAAAAAAUUAAUUAAAUAAAAUGAUAAUAAUAACAUAGUUUUUGUAAAAAUUAAUAAUAACAAAAUAACAUAAAAUAACAAAAUAUAAAUAAAUAAAUAAAUGAUUAAGAAAAAGAAACUCAUCUCCGAGUAUGAGAAAACAAUAUUUUGUCGCAAAUAAUUUGUUGGGCGUAAAUGACAGAAAUGAGUGAAGGCUUCCUUCUAAAUUCAAAAUAUAUUAAAAUGGGUCGCGAGGAGGGGGGUUUUCAAGCUUUACUCACACCGCUACCUCUUGUAAUUGUUUGCCAUGAGUUAAUCAUUUGGCGGUUAACCAUUUAUACGGUUCUGCGAUGGUCUGAAAUGUCGGUGCAGUAUGCCAUGUCGAGCCGAGUCGGUAAUUAAGUUACUAAAGUCCAAAGCGACGAGCCCCCAAGUAGGCUUUUGUUCAUUAUGCUUUUGCUUCCCUUCUAAAAUGCUCCACCUUAAUGCUCCAUUUUUCCCACUAAAAUGCUCGGUCUCUCCAAAAAAGUCACUAAAAUGCUCGGAUAAUGCUCAUUAUACAAACGGUUUUUUAAAAUUAAUUUCAAAGUUUACACUUACAAAAACGUUCAAGUGUUGCAAGUAACAACGACAACGUGUACAAGUUCAUAAAUACAGCAAAAAAACCGGCUGUAUUAGGUUUUUUUGUGAAUUUUGAAUUUUAGUCUUCAUUUUGUUUAAAAAAGCAGGAGCUCAUGGGGCUUGGGCUCCUGAAAAAAGUUAAUUUCUAUUUUAUUUUCUCGGAAAAAUUAAUUUUCCGGGCAAAAGGCCACUAAAAUGCUCGAAUAAUGCUCAAUGCUUUUGCCUCACUAAAAUGCUCGAAAAAAUGCUAGCAUAACGUACAAAAGCCUACCCCCAAGCUCUUCUUACAGUCGCAAAGCCGUCAUGGCAAACAUUUACAAGAGGUAGCUGUGUGAAUAAAGCUUGAAAAUUCCCCUCCUCGCUACCCAUUUUAAUAUAUUUUGAAUUUAGAAGCAAGCCUUCACUCAUUACUGUCAUUUGCAAGGACCCUCACUCGCCCAACAAAUUAUUGGCGACAAAAUAUUGUUUUCUCAUACUCGGAGAUGAGUUUCUUUUUCUUAAUCAUUUCUUUAUUUUUGGUGUUUUUUUUUUCUCUCUUUUUUUGUUAUUUUAUGUUAUUUUGUUAUUAUUAAUUUUUACAAAAACUAUGUUAUUAUUAUCAUUUUAUUUAAUUAAUUUUUUUUCAUGAAAAUUAUUUUUUAUUUUUGCAUGUUCCGGGAUGUUCCGGAAUGUUCCGGAAUGUUCCGGGUUAGAUUUAGACAUUUUUAUAAACUGUCGUUGAAUCUUUCCCCUACGUAUUUAAGGGCUCAAAUUGCCUUUUAUUAAUGAAAAGGAGAUUUGAGCCCCAUAAUGCUUAAGGAUGUAUUUUACGACAGUUUGGAAAUUUUCAGAUUUACAAGGAUUUGUAUGGAAAACCACUCAAGCGUAACUGGGUGGCAAGAAUUGUUUUUCCCAUACAAAUCGUUCUAAUUUUCUGCGGCCGUUACAAUCGCUACUUUUGAAUGUUCGGCUGAAAAUUUACAGUUCCGGCUGACAAAAUUUUUCAAAAGCGAACUGUUUUCGUGGUGACAGAAAGUUGAUCACGUGACAAACUAAUGCAAAAGGCCUAUUUCUAUAGCAAUGGGGAUCCGCGGAAGAUCCGCCAUAAAGUUCAAGGAUGAUGGCCAAGUGAACCAUUCGGUUUCCUAGUUGGCCACCAUAAUAUACGUUUCAUUUAAAAUACAGGCGAAAAAAUAUAGUUUGGUCAUCAAUAAAGAGCGUAAAGUCCACGAGCUUUGACGCAUUGCGGAGCUCAUUGAAAUAGAGUGGAAAAAGUUAAGGAGCCUUUUAUAGAACCCUUAAAGCUCCGAGCGCGAAGCAUUGAACUCAACGUAUAGUUGUCUAUUGCUUAACUUUAGUGAAAUGCCUCGAACGCCAUAAUGUUCCUAUCUUUGAUAUUGAAAUAAUAUGAUCGAGGGCGUCAAAGGCUUAAGCACAAGUCUAUAAAGAUACCAACCUCUUAUUCCUUAUUUUAAAUAGCGGAAGCGUUUUUGUCGUGCGAACAGGUUCGAGCGUGAGCUUUGGAUUGAUAUUUGCGAAAACCAUGCGGGUUAUCAGAGAGAAUGUUAUGAUCAUUGAGAAACUUUAGUGUAUUGUACAUUACCCUCUCUGGAAUUUCAGAGAAUGCUGGUAAAACAGAAACGGGUCUGUAAUUUUGUAAAUAUAUCUUCUCGCUAGAUUUAUAUGAACAUAUUACCAGUAGUGGUGAAUAUGAUUUAAAUUCCAGUCGUUUCUUAAAAAUACAAUUCAUUUAACUUCGAGUCGGGUGGUCAGUAAUUAAUGCCGUCAAUUAUCCAGGAAUUUCCAGUUUCGAACUAAUUUCCUCAUACUACUCAGUUUAGUUUUUAGUUUUCACCUAACAUCCGUAACUAAUUGAAAGGGGAUAGACCGAAGACGUUUGUUGCUCUUGCAACUAUUGUCGUCAUCGUUGAAGUUAGUAUAAUUUAUUCUAGCUUGCGUAAGCAGCGAGACUCAUAAUCUGCAACGCGUUUUUCGUCGUAUUUAGGACACAAAUGGGGGGUCAUUGUGCCAGGCGUUCCUUGCGGAGACCGUGGAAACUGGGACUAAGAAUUGUGGCGUGAUUGAAGCCACACAUGUUUUUCGAAGAAAGCUUAGGAAAGAUUAAAUUUAGAGCUUUUCCGAAACUUGUCGGUCCACGAAUUCUAUCGCUUUUAAGCGUCCAUUACUUCAGAACAAGUGAACACUACUGAGUGGUCAGGAAAAAAAAAUAAGAAUCUUAAUUAGCAAAACUGCGAUGGUCGGGUGUUGUAAACUUUCAUUGUAUGCAAAAGGGUCUUGUGAUGGGCAUGCGGUUUAUUUUCGGCGAUGAUUGAAAUGACGUGCCAUGUAAAUCACUUUUUGAUCUCUGGCAAUGAACUAAUUUCUCUGGAAUCGAGGCCCUUGAAUCUUCGUAUAUUUAUACACGCGUAUAUCCUCCGACCUCAGACGUAUUUCCGGUCGUUGCCAACACACGGACUAAAUCCAUUUAGAAACAAAUAAAAAGUAUUGACGUCGAUAAAGUAGGAAGUAAAAAACCUUAAGCGAGUAAAUCCUGUUUCCUGUAGAAUUAAUGGCCUCCUCAUUUCUCGAUCUGAUCUCCAAGCAAGCAAGACUGACCGCCGCCGUAUGAGCGUUCUUGUUUGAUUUGAAACUGUGCUUAAAACCAUAAUUAUUAAAGUGAUUGUUAAUGUGUUUUUAGACCCACAUCAGCCUGCCACCAAGGUCGCUCAGUCUGGGUAACCGUACUCUGCGAUGUGACUGCUGGAAAGGUACUUGCUUUGUCCUUUGUUUCUUUAUCAUAUUUCCGUUUGAUCGCCGUGAUCAAGGCAAUCAAUUAAUUGAAACGAAACUUAAGCUUGACGUGCAGUUGAACUUGACCUGUUUCCCUGCCCUUGAAUGCUUUCUAUUAGAGUGAUUUUAAUUGAAACGUGAAACAGAUACUAACAAAUAGUGGAAAACAGCGAGAGCUAAACAAAAGAAGACAACAGAAUUAGUGCAUAAUAGUGCGUAAUAUUCAUCUUCCUUUUUCACGGUUUAAGGAAAAUCUCUCUAAAGUUUAGACAGUUUGUAGUACCAAAUUUUCUUUAGGCAGAUAUGAUACUAAGAUAGUGAAUCAAAAAAAAAACUGCAGGGAGGAAUUGGAAAUUUGAGGGAUAAAGUUCUAUGAUUUUAACUUUUUUGUUGUUAGAAAGGUCUUUAGGUAUCUGUCAGAGUUAUUGCCAACUUUGUCACAUUUGUUAUCAGGAAGUCACACUUUAAAUUUAUCUGUCUUGACUGAAUGGAUUUUCACUUUGCAUUGUUCAUACUAAACAAAUUAGACAUGUCGAGACAAAACAUAGCUAUUUGUCAGUAUGGAGCAUAUAUAUUUAGCCCAACCGAAUGCAGAGGCAUUUUGCGAACCGAAAACGGUAAUUGUUUUAUCAUUCAACUAGUAUGAUUGUUUUGUCUUUUUAUUUAUUGGAAAAGGUGGUGUCGCUAUGCUCCCUCAAGACACUCACGAGAAAAGCAAUGUACGCAGCAAUAAAACUUUUUAUGUCCCCCGCGCAUGAGCAGACCUUUGUGUAUUGGCAGUUGUUUGCAGGUGACAUGACUAUCUCCAGACCAAUAAAAACCUAGUAACAAAAUUAAUUUGACUAUUAACAUUUUUUGUCUUUUAUUGUAGGGUGUGCUUCAGCUGCCAGCCAAAUGUCCCGAUGGAACCUGUGACGGUUGUAGGUAAUGAGUUAUGAAUGACUGUUACAGCUAACCAACAUACUGGAAACAGUUCUUAAGUUAACUUCCUUAACGGGCAAUAAUCAAUUCAAUUUUUCUGUUCAUAUUGAUAACCGUUAUUACAAUAGCACAUUUAUUGUGAUUAUCCAAACAACUACUAUUUGAAACAAAGGCAAGCAACGUAAGAAAACAAUUUUAUCUAUUUGUUUUCCUUCUUAGAUUUGAAAUGUUGUGGCGAACAAAAUUUGCUUGUCCAGUCUGUUCUGUGUUUGAUUAUACUGGUGUUACAUCAUCUUGCGAGGUACGUACGUGCAAAAGUUUGAAUUCUUUAGAGAGAAAUAAAUGGGUUAGUCUCUAUCCCCAUGCUCCAUCCUUUGUACUUUGAACCGCAAAAUGCACUUGUGUGCAAGUCGGGAUGAUCGUUAGUUCAAGUCUCAAAUUGCCAAAUGAGUGUUCAACUUUUGGGGCCUCAACGUUACAAUACUGUUGCUGAAAGCGAUAUGGGGCUUAUGCCCCACGUCCAAAACUGUCAGUUUCUUGUGAAAGAAAAAAGGGAACGUGGACUGUGUACAUGUGAUCAUCAUCGAGGAUGGUAGAACUAAGUGCUAAUGGUAUUUAGAGCACGCACCUAGCAGUUCACUACGGCAAAGAGCAAUUUUAAUUGGGCCUGAUUGAAAGUGCUCUAUUGCCGUUAUGCCUGCCAUGUUUUCAAAACACUGAAAUCAUUUUUGAUUUUUUUUUUUACCUUUUGGCUUUUUGUGGCGCUUGAUGUUUAUCCAACCUCCCAAAAGCGGACAAAUCCAUAAAUUCACAAUUACACCUGGUCCCCAUAUGGGAGGCUAGGCGUUUCAUUAAUAAAUAUGACUACCAAUGACCUGUUGUUCCAUCUAUGAUAUUAAUGAUAACAGGGAGCUUAAGCAAAGACGUUUUUGAGCAACGACUGUAAACCAAAAAUGGACGGUUUACAUCCUUUAGCAGUGGUUUUGUUCAAAUUCUCAGGCGAAUCGUUUCUAUUGAAGUAAAUUAAAGAAACGUAGCCAUACAAAUUUAAUAGCGUUAAGGCGUAAUAAUAAAAGGGAAAAGUAGACAUUUCCGGUUGGCGUGUGUUACUUAAAAACGGCUUUGUUUAAUGAGACCUCGCUAGGAACUCUUUUUACGUGGCCACACAGUAUACUUAGGAUAUGGUUCUUUUAUCAUAGGCACUUACAGUAGGUCGUCUUAAAUGGCAUUGUGUAAACACCUCCCCCCCCCUUCUCAAAUCUCCUUCAUUGCACUUACCAAUGAUGUACUUACUUACGAAAUGAAAUUGUUGUUGUUGUUGUUUUAGAGUGGGAAAAAGACAACAAAAUAUAUGUGGAACAACCCGAGGUAAGAAGUGAUUCUCAAUAUUAAAGGAAACUGAGUAUUAGUAUAGUGUGAGAAUUCAUGCCGAGGGAGGAAGUUGUUUUCUGCCUAAGCCUGACGGUUAACACAGAAACUAAUUAAUACACUCCACUAGGAGACACAGAAUCGCUAAGGCAAACUUUUAGUGUGGAAUUCCCCAGGAAAGCGCUCUGGGACCAUUCCUGUUUCUUAUUUAUAUCGACGACUUACCCAACGGGUUUGAUAAGUUAAGCUUGUAAUUAUAUCGUGAUGAUGCCAAUUUACUCGCCUCGGCGGGCAACCUAAACCCUCGAAUCUCUAGCCUGCGAAAACAUCCGUUUCUCCUCGCUCUUCGCCGCUGGGGACGUUUCGCGCGGAGGAACGUCUGCUACUCAGCGGCAGAAAUUCCAUACUGAUGACGCAAAUCAAUGUUUACAUAAUAAAUCUGGUAAUCAUGGGGUUCCAAAUAUAAAUUUGUCCGAUUUUUCGUGUCUUCUCAGCGUGCAAAGAAAGUAGUGUCCGAUAGCCCAGGGCUAGUAGAUUUUGCUAUUGGGCUGGUGAAUUCUGUUUUUAACUUGCCCGACGGGCAAGUGAUGGCUUUUGAGGGAUUCGGAUAACAUCAAGAACUGUGAAAUCAAUUUUGCUAGUCAAAAGUUUUUGGGGCUAGUUGAAAUGACGUCUGGGCUAGUAAACGCUAGCUUCAGCUUGCCCGAAUGGCAAGCUGUAAAAAUGAUUUUCUUUGCACCCUGCUUCUGGUAAAUUGUUGUGUCCAUCUGCCAACAAGCUCCAGUUAAACGCAAAUGCUUCUUCUAGGGACGACUAUAUUCCACAAAUACUGCCUGGUUUGUUAGAGAUUCUUCGCGUUUACAUUUGACCUUUGUGGCCUUUUGUCUUUUGUCUGUCAUUCGUGAACAAUAGCUAAAACAAUGUAACUACUCCGUCGACCAAUCAGUGCUUCUGACCAGAUUCCGGACAGAUUUUACGUCAUCAGUAUGGAAUUUCUGUCGCUGAGUCGCAGACGUUCCUCCGCGCGAAACGUCCCCAGCGGCGAAGAGCGAGGAGAAACGGAUGUUUUCGCAGGCUAUCGAAGCUCUAGUGAACUGCAAACUUAAAAAGAGUGAAACGAUGAUGUGAUGCAAAUAAAUUGACCAAAAAUACGGCAAAAGCUAAUUUUAUUAGCAUCUUGCGUAAAUUAACAAGAUUUCUGCGCAUGUACGCCCUAUACUACUUUCAGCCAGUCAGUUACCGGUAUCUCCAAUAGUAUUCUGACUAAUCAUUAUGCAAGUCCAGUCCAGGUCCAGUGUAUCCCCUUACACAUAUAUCACUGGUAAUUUGUGUAUCCCAGGUAGGGAUAAGUAUCCGGCCUUAUCCGCGACACAAGAAUGAUAAUAAAAAUGGCGGCUCAAGAAGGAACAAGUGAAUGUUUUGUUAUCAGUUAGAUUUUUAAACACUGUACUCGGCACUUUGUCAAGGAGUCUAAUAGAAAAUGUCGGAUAUUGACUCAGUUUUUACUUACCUCCAGGGAUGUUAAUUUGACACAAAUGGUACGCGGUAACGCAGAGGAUACACAACCCUCUCUUGCUGAAGGAUAUUUCUUCAGUCACGAUCAUCUAACACAACUCGUAAUACAAUCUCGUUAGACAGAAAUCAAACUACAUGCGAAGGUGAAAUAUUUUGGUGCUCGCGGGGUGGGGGAUACACAUAUCACUGAACCAGCCCAGAGAUAUGUGUAUUUCCUCCAUUUUUGACUGUUUUCUGGCUUGCUAAAGGAAAUAUCAUCUAGCACAACUAGUAACACGACUAGGUUUAGGACAGGGAUCAAACAACAUGCGAAGGUGGAAUAUUGUAGCGCUCGCAGGGGAAUGCACCUAUCACUGAACUCGAGCAGAGAUAUGUGUAUCCCCUCUAUUUUUUUACUUGUCGAGUUAUCUCUUGCUGAAUGAAGUUACGUCAGUCAGUUAUUUAACACGACCAGUAACAUACAAUCACGUUGGAUAAGGAGAGGAAAGAGAACGAAUGUUUACAUCAACUUUGCAGACCAAGAAGAAGUAAACUCACCAGAAACAGCUUUGCGAUUUAAAUUUUGUCUCGAAUCGUUGCUCUUUUGUCGAUUAUGUUGCUCAUAAUCUUGAAUCAUUUGUGGUCCCCUUGAUGAUGAUUCGCAAAAUUCACAACAACAAAAAAACGAAGGAAACAAAACCGACACUUAUUUGGAGGGUUGGAGUGUAGGGGAUACACAUUUCACUGGCAGCCGAUAUUGGAGGGGAUACAAAUAUCACUGUGACACAGGUAGUCUUUGAAAAAGACUUGCAGCAAACACAUGUUUGUGUUAACCUUUCAGACUUUGUCGUGAUGGAGUGACCCUCCCUGGCGAUGUAGAAGAGCACUGCAGUAUUUUUGAACAGUCAGUUGGCUCAGCGAUGAAGGACUUUAAGGUAGGAGCCUACCUACGCCUUGUCAGUAUGUUUAGAGACAUUGUGGUACUGUUAUCGCCGGUUCGAACCCUAGCAGUGCCUUCAGUUUGAUUCCUCAAACAAAGGACAUGGUGUUUGUUUUCAUCCAAAUUAGUUCUCUCAUGAGAGCUAAAAUAAUAAAUACAACAUGUGGCAUAACAAACCCAUUUUAUCAACAACCUCAAGUGCCAUUCAAAAAGUUAACACUUGUGUGUAUUUUAUGUGUUUUUGUAGAUUGGAAUUGCUGUGGUGGCAGGUCUUGUUGUUCUUAUGAUCUGCACUAUGUUUGGCUUGUGGUAUAAGAACAGAAAGUAAGUAUCAUCAUCAUGUUUAUGUUUAUAUGACAAUUACGUACUUCAGUUAGUCUAUAUUUUGUAUCUACUGUCCCUUUUACACGGCUUGAAGCAUUUUUCCCUCAGCCCAUGAGAAAACUUUUUCAGCUGAUAAGAAAUGCGGUAGGACACAACAAACAAAGAAAAUUACCCUUGUUACAGAGUAUCGACCUAAUAUAGAAUUACCAUUGUUGCGGAGUAUCGACCUAAUAUAGAAUUACCAUUGUUGCGGAGUAUCGACCUAAUAUAGAAUUACCAUUGUUGCGGAGUAUCGACCUAAUAUAGAAUUACCAUUGUUACAGAGUAUCGACCUAAUAUAGAAUUAUCAUUGUUGCGGAGUAUCGACCUAAUAUAGAAUUACCAUUGUUGCAGAGUAUCGACCUAAUAUAGAAUUACCAUUGUUGCAGAGUAUCGACCUAAUAUAGAAUUACCAUUGUUUCGGAGUAUCAACCCAAUAAGACUCUCAGGCUAUGUUCACCCGGUACUGGACCAAUUGUCGAGCGCUUGAAAAUUCGUGUGUCUUUGUGUCCCGUUCACUCGGAACCUUCCUAACCGUACUAAAGUUUAGACGCCUAGCCUUUCAAAAAUUUUAACGCCAAAGUUGAGGUCCUAAUUUUUAUUUACCCGGUUCGGUCUAAAUUUUCCUACGACAAAGUCAUGGUUGCACGGACGCUCUAUUUUGGAUUUGGACAGUCUUAAAACCAGUGAAAAUUCAACUUGGUUCUGCAUCUGCGUGUGAACAGAGCGAAAAUAUUGAACGGUUCCGUGUGAAUGAACUGUUCGGUCAAAUUUUUAGCCAGUCGAAAAUUCGCCCGGUGCCGUGCGAGCGUAGCCUGACCUUUUCAGCUUUUUGCCUUCAAUACAGUGCUAUUGCAGUUAAGGCAAUUCCCUUGUAACGGUUACCUGCACUGUCUAGACAGCCAUAUUAUAGGACUUUGAAAACUACAUAAAAAUGGCUUAGAGUUUAUGAUGUUUGAGUCAAAGUGGUUUUCCUAGUUACGCGCGAAAUGUUCGAAAAUUCUUAUCAUGUAGCAAAACCUUCAAUCUUACCAAAAUCUAAAGCUUGUUUGUUAUUCUGAGCUAUAUUUUUUAGUAAAGUGGUUUCAAAUUUCUCUGUGGCUCUAAAUUUGGAGAUUCAUGCCAUUCUUGUCUAAAUAAUACGGCUUCCACAAUCCAGAUUUUUUCUCCUUAAGAUAUAUUUUUCGUGUAGACGUAAGGAGUAAAAAAACACCAAUAAAAAUGGGGUCACCCUUUUCGUAUUAUCGCAAAAAGGCAACAAAAGGACAAUUUCGGCUUCAAAUAAUCAUUCUGCGCGGAGGGACUGGGGCGAGUUGGGGAAAGUUAUUGAAACCAUUUGGACCGCAAAAGGGACCUUUGUUACCUCUCUUUGGGUGACCGGUGGAAAUCACCCCCCUCCUUUGAUGUCUUUGUGUUGUGCACUAUGGGUGACAGUACAAAAGAUAAAUUCAUCAAAGUGUAAACAAGGGGUUGAAUUUUAUUGUUCUUGUUAUCAAAUGCCCUUGGAUCCCGAGCUUAGUGCUUUACAAGUUGAGUUAAAGAUGUUUGCUCUACCUGUUUAGUACACAAUUAAUAGCCAGGAUAUCGUUGACAUAGAAUUGUCGUUUAUUGAAUUAUUGAAUUAUCGUUAUUGUUUAUUUCAAGGUUGACGUACAAGUAUCACCGUUUGGUUCACAAUAGCGGUGAUAAACCAGGCGAGCUACCUCAGGUAGAGAGGUGUGUGGUGGAGGACGGUGAAGAAGAUGAUGAAGAGGUAAACAUGGUCGAUUUUUUAGCAGUUGUGAAUGCGUUCAAUAAUAGAGAUUUAGAGUGACGUUAACGGCAAACAGAUAACUUCAGAUUUAAGUUGAGAACUUCUUAAAAUAGACAACGUGCAGCUGAAAACAAUCUAAAACAGUUUUCAUAGACAAAAAUAACGCGAAGCUAGUGAUUGUGGGGUAAAAGUGAUGAACAUUAAAGAACAAGUUGUGGAAAAACUUGGUCACGUCGUACAAAUUCACGUUUCCCGUUUGCCAUAAACGCGACUCUAAAUCUCUCAUUUUUUCAAACAGAACCUAUUUUGACUGCCUUUUGCGUCAACCCAGGGUAUAACGGUGGUCACUUCAAUAUCAAAAGAUCUUUUUUAGCUUUAUGUUUUGUUUUCCCAUUUCAAACUUCGUCUGUCAAUUGUUAUCCACGUGCAUAAGUAUACAUAAUGUAUGAAAAUGCGAAGGGCAACUUCCAUGGAGAACGUCCCGUGGUCUGAAUUGGGAAAACAAAAUAUAAAAGCUGAAAAGGGCUGUAAUAGCAACGCAUUACGGAUGGAAGUUAACAGGAAACUGACAAACGCCGACAAAAUCAAUCAGUUAUCUUACAAAUCAACGCAUUACCGAUGAGACCUGCGGGCCCCACUUGCUACUAUUGUCUUUACUGCAUAUAUUUGUUUUUGGAUUGGAGAUCUUUUUUCCAGUGACUGCCAGGUCACUUUUUGGUCCUUUUAAGUCGCAGGAAAGUUGUUGUCUCGAUUUAUGUAAAAGUGUAUCAAGGCGAACGAGUUGUCAUUCGUUCAUCCAGUAUUAAAAAGAGCUGGAAAUAAAGCGAUUGACGUGUCAGCUUUUAUUCUUGUUAAGGUACGGUUUUUCUCACCGGACGAAAUCGCUAUCAGUGACCGUAAUUAAUGUAUGAAAACCGUUUACAAACCAAGUUUCACAAUAACUGAGACUCUAUUGAGUGUAAAAUGUACCCUUCCGUCAGACUACUUCAACGAUGCAUUUAACACAAACGGCGCUGAUUUUAGGUCAGCAACUUCCAGCAACUUACAAACGACCUCGUGACGAACGUAACUACUAAAACAAGCAAUAGACCAAGUUAACAAAAUCCUCCAACCUAACAGUACAUUGACGGAUAUUAUAAUGAUAAAAACGCAUUCAAAAUAGCAUCGCAUCCGCAGUAAUAAGCUUAACAUUUUCUUAACUGAAAGACGACCACUUGGAUUUGAAUGUUUUUUUUUUGUCCCUAUUGGUGAAUUACGCACAGGUUACGGAAACGUCAGGCACUAUCACAGUCUCAUGUGUUAAGAAAAAAUUUCGUCGUUUUUGCGUCGACAUUCGAACAAGUAAACCAAAUUCUAUCUUUUUUUCCACGUUUAGGUUCAUUUUAAAGCAGGAAAGGACCGCGGCAGGAAAAUUCUGAAGAAAAUCAAGGACAUGGCUAGUGGUGGAAAAAAGAAGGUAAUCAGCUUAUCACAUUUUUCAGGAAGCGCGUUUGGUUCCUUUUCUGAUUGUCUUUUUACUCGAAACUAUGCUUAAUUCAGACGUAGUCAAGUGUUUAAAUUGAAAACAAACGAACGGGGGAGGGGUAUUUUCAAGUUAAGUAUUGGUAUUAAACGGUUUUAAGAAACCCGGGGUUAGAAAAGAUACGUUUUUUGUCGUCCAUUUUCCCCUUGGAGAUCCCUUGUGUUUAGUGUGUUUGUUUUCUCCUAGGAGAAAGUGACAUUUGAUGACGAUGAUGAUGAAUAUUUUGAGUCGGUGCAUCUUGAGCCCGGAAAAGAAGCGCUGUCAGACGAUUUCUAAACCACAAACCCACUUUGAGCAGCUACACAAUUGAUCUUCUUCAGACCUGUUCUACUGCAGUCGCUGACGAAAUGCAAGCUGUUGCUCUCACAACACUAUUACAUGUACAUAGUAACCUCUUGGUCAAUGCAUUAUGCUGCUUAACUGACCUUUAAUGUUCUCUGUAGUACCUUUAGUUUCGUCAUUUAAUUUCGCUGGUUUGAGGGUCUGGCUGCAAACUGUAAGAGGAAGGUGAGGAGACGUUUUUUUGCUGAUUCAACCAAUAGUUUCCUGCGGUUCUUGUUGUAAUUGCGUUCCAGCCAUUACUAUUUAGAGAAAUUAACAUUUCAGUCUGGGAUCGUCAAAGUUUCCAACUGUCAAUAGCACUGCUGGUUGACGACAUUUUGUCUAGCAUUGACACCCAGUUUUAGCUCUAGAGUGACAAAUCGGUAAUGUGCUAACUAUCGAAUAUAUUUUUAGCGAGAAACUAAACGUCCAUUUACAUAUUCCUAGCUGAGGAAACAUUUUAAAGACAGUAGAGAUAGCUCAAUACCCUUAGCAACUUUAAGCACCGUAUAGCUCUAAUACAUUGAGAGAAAACUCGCUCCACUCAGUGUCAUGUCAUAUCAUUUCUCAGAACAGCCGUCCACUUAGACUUAGUGGACUGCAGAUGUGGUAGGUCGUGACCAAUUUAUUGACCUUGUUACAGUUAAGUGUAUCCUAGGAUAUGAGUGGUGGCGAGUCUGGGCUGAUUGAUAGAAACCUGAAAUAACUAUAUAUUUGAAAGAGUCGUUCCAAACAGCGCCCUUCGUCAAGCUUCACUUUAUCCAAAAACUGUAGAUUGGAGACGUUAGGGGAAAAUA